CUAGGACCGCCAGCCUCGCUCCUGGACACCUGCGCCGUGUGUCAGCAGAGCCUGCAGAGCCGGCGUGAGGCGGAGCCCAAGCUGCUGCCCUGUCUGCACUCCUUCUGCCUGCGCUGCCUGCCCGAGCCGGAGCGCCAGCUCAACGUGCCCAUCCCGGGGGGCAGCAACGGCGACAUCCAGCAAGUUGGUGUGAUACGGUGCCCAGUAUGCCGCCAAGAAUGCAGACAGAUAGACCUUGUGGAUAAUUAUUUUGUGAAAGAUACAUCUGAAGCUCCUAGCAGUUCUGAUGAGAAAUCAGAACAGGUAUGUACUAGUUGUGAAGACAAUGCAAAUGCAGUUGGCUUUUGUGUAGAGUGUGGAGAGUGGCUAUGUAAGACAUGUAUUGAAGCACAUCAAAGAGUAAAAUUCACUAAAGAUCACUUGAUCAGGAAGAAAGAAGAUGUCUCAGAGUCUGUUGGAGCAUCUGGUCAGCGCCCUGUUUUCUGCCCUGUACACAAACAAGAACAGUUGAAACUUUUCUGUGAAACAUGUGAUAGACUGACAUGUAGAGACUGUCAGCUAUUGGAACACAAAGAACAUAGGUACCAGUUUUUGGAAGAAGCUUUUCAAAACCAGAAAGGUACAAUUGAGAAUCUGCUGGCUAAGCUGCUUGAGAAGAAGAAUUAUGUUCAUUUCGCAGCCACUCAGGUGCAGAAUAGGAUAAAAGAAGUAAAUGAGACUAACAAACGAGUAGAACAGGAAAUAAAAGUGGCCAUUUUCACCCUUAUCAAUGAAAUUAAUAAGAAAGGAAAAUCUCUCUUACAGCAGCUAGAGAAUGUUACAAAAGAAAGACAGAUGAAGUUAAUACAGCAGCAGAAUGACAUCUCAGGCCUCUCCCGGCAGGUGAAGCAUGUUAUGAACUUUACAAACUGGGCAAUUGCGAGUGGCAGCAGCACAGCCCUGCUGUACAGCAAGAGACUGAUUACUUUUCAGUUGCGCCAUAUUUUGAAAGCUCGUUGUGAUCCUGUCCCUGCUGCUAAUGGAGCAAUACGGUUCCAUUGUGAUCCCACCUUCUGGGCAAAGAAUGUAGUCAAUUUAGGUAAUCUAGUAAUAGAGAGUAAACCAGCUCCUGGGUAUACUCCUAAUGUUGUAGUUGGGCAAGUUCCUCCAGGGACAAACCACAUUAGUAAAACUCCGGGACAGAUUAACUUGGCGCAGCUUCGGCUCCAGCACAUGCAACAGCAAGUGUACGCACAGAAGCACCAGCAGCUGCAGCAGAUGAGGAUGCAGCAGCCGCCGGCUCCUGUGCCCACGACGACAGCCGCGACGCAGCAGCACCCACGCCAGGCGGCCCCGCAGAUGUUACAGCAGCAGCCUCCAAGAUUGAUCAGUGUGCAAACAAUGCAAAGAAACAACAUGAAUUGUGGAGCUUUCCAAGCCCAUCAGAUGAGAUUGGCUCAGAAUGCUGCCCGAAUACCAGGGGUGCCCAGGCACAGCGGCCCUCAGUACUCCAUGAUGCAGCCACACCUCCAAAGACAACACUCAAACCCAGGACAUGCUGGACCCUUUCCUGUUGUGUCAGUCCACAACACCACAAUCAAUCCCACCAGCCCUACUACAGCUACUAUGGCAAGUGCAAAUCGAGGUCCCACCAGCCCAUCUGUUACAGCAAUAGAGCUAAUACCCUCAGUUACCAAUCCAGAAAACCUUCCAUCGCUGCCAGAUAUUCCACCCAUACAGUUGGAAGAUGCUGGUUCAAGUAGUUUAGAUAAUCUACUAAGUAGAUACAUCUCAGGCAGUCACCUACCCCCACAGCCUACAAGUACCAUGAAUCCCUCUCCAGGUCCCUCUGCUCUCUCUCCAGGAUCAUCAGGUUUAUCCAAUUCUCACACCCCUGUGAGACCGCCUAGUACGUCUAGUACUGGCAGUCGAGGCAGCUGUGGUUCGUCAGGAAGAACUGCUGAGAAGGCAAGUCUUAGUUUCAAGUCUGACCAAGUGAAGGUCAAGCAAGAACCUGGGACUGAGGAUGAAAUAUGUAGCUUUUCAGGAGCUGUGAAACAAGAGAAGACAGAGGAUGGCAGGAGGAGCGCCUGCAUGUUGAGCAGUCCUGAGGGUAGUUUGACACCACCUCUCUCAACCAAUCUGCAUCUAGAGAGUGAGUUGGAUGCAUUACCAGGCCUGGAAAACCAUGUGAAAACUGAGCCUACAGAUACUAAUGAAAGCUGCAAACAGUCAGGGCUCAGCAGCCUUGUUAAUGGGAAGUCCUCAGUCCGAAGCCUCAUGCACAGGUCGGCAAGGAUGGGAGGAGAUGGCGGCAGCAAAGACGAUGAUCCAAACGAAGACUGGUGUGCCGUCUGCCAGAACGGAGGCGAUCUCCUGUGCUGUGAAAAAUGUCCAAAGGUCUUCCAUCUAACUUGUCAUGUUCCGACACUUCUUAGCUUUCCAAGUGGGGACUGGAUAUGUACGUUUUGCAGAGAUAUUGGGAAACCAGAAGUUGAGUAUGAUUGCGACAAUUUGCAACACAGUAAGAAGGGGAAAACUGCCCAGGGGUUAAGCCCUGUGGACCAGAGGAAAUGUGAACGUCUUCUGCUUUACCUCUAUUGUCAUGAGUUAAGUAUUGAAUUCCAGGAGCCAGUCCCUGCUUCGAUACCAAACUACUAUAAAAUUAUAAAGAAACCAAUGGAUUUAUCCACCGUGAAAAAGAAGCUUCAGAAAAAACAUUCCCAACACUACCAAGUCCCAGAUGACUUUGUGGCUGACGUCCGUUUGAUCUUCAAGAACUGUGAAAGGUUUAAUGAAAUGAUGAGAGUUGUUCAAGUUUAUGCAGAAACACAAGAGAUUAAUUUGAAGGCUGAUUCAGAAGUAGCUCAGGCAGGGAAAGCAGUUGCAUUGUACUUUGAAGAUAAACUCACAGAGAUCUACUCAGACAGGACCUUCGCACCUUUGCCCGAGUUUGAGCAGGAAGAAGAUGACGGUGAGGUAACUGAGGACUCUGAUGAAGACUUUAUACAGCCCCGCAGGAAACGCCUAAAGUCAGAUGACAGACCAAUACAUAUAAAGUAAAGAGACGUGAACUCAAAUCAAUUGUUUAAAGAAAGAAAGAAAAGAGAAUACACUUUUAUUUAAGUGUUGCCGGAAUAUUCUGCCUACAGUGGGCACCUCCUUGAAGAAGCUGAUAGCUUACACAGUAUUAGAUUGAAACAAUGGACAGAAAACACAUUCUUGUCAAGAAAGGGGGAGAGAACUCUGUUUGCACCAUUGAAAGUAAAAAUGAGAAGCAGCAGUGAAAUGCUUUGAAGAUUUCUGUUACUAAAGAGAAGAGUUUUGACUGUUAGAGCUGGCAGAUAUUGAUGAUUAUGUGGUAUUGAUUGAUUGGUGCAGAAUACUGGGUGUGCAAGUAAAUACUUGAAGGUCAUGUUGCUUGAUAGAUUGUCUCUGUGGACCACAGCACACAGCUAUUAAACAACUUUGAUGCCCCCCCCUCCACACACACAGACACACAGACACACACACACACACACACACUGGCUUGUUUUGUAGUUAAAGUUCAGAUUCCAUUUUUUAUUUUCUCAUUUUGAUGCUGUUGGGCCUUAGUUUUAUAUUGGUUUAAAGAACUCAACAAUAGUUUUAUUUUUUGUUCAUACUUGGAGUCUAGAAAACGUUACCAUUGAUGAUCAUUUAAUCAACUUUAACAGUCUACUGAAAUAAAUAUGGUAACUUUCCAGUAGCAGAUCAUAUAAUUAUAGGAAUCAUUUCCAGAAAACACUUCCACAGAAUUGCGCCUCUCAGCCAGAUCGUUGGAUCAUACAGUUAUUCCCAUGAAAGGCAGAAUGUUUGUUUCACCAUUUACCUAGUCUGUGUAUUUAAAUUUGAUUGAGAAGGUGACAACUGGCUCUUAUCCAGUCUUCCUUCAUAUCAGUUUUCUGAUAGACCACUAUUGGCAAACAUUAAUCUGUCAACUACCAAAUGUGUAAAAUUUUCUGUAUUUCACUUUGUCUUAUUUGUAAAUAGUGAACUAAAACUUCUGGCAGAUCAGCAACAUUUGCUGAGCCUGUUUUUUAAGCUAAUGUGUAUUCUUACUAAUGUUCCUAUCAAGAAUGGAUUUGUAAUAUAUGCUGUCUAUUUCUAAUGUUCACAUUCAUAUUUUGAGGUUCUAUCUUAUUUUAAUAGAGAACAGACUUCUCAGAAAAUCUUCAGAAGCAGCUUAUUAUUAAAAUAUCAAAAUAUUGAAAUAAACCCGGUGGGGUUAGAUUACUCAUCUGUCCACCAAGUGGGACAUUGCAUGGACUGGGGGCGUAAAGGACAUAGAAGAGACCUGUAAGUAAAUCCUGAAAAUGAGCCAAUCCCCACUUGAAUGGUUACUGGAGUAAACCCACCUUUACACCCUGAUUUCAGCACCCGAGGCAGAUAAACCACCUUGGCUCUGUUUCAUUUUCCUUCCCUUCAUUGUGAUGCUCAUAUCUAAGAUGUGUGUUCUAGACUGUGUACAGGCUUCUCUUUUGCUGGAUUAAAAAUUUUAGUCCUACUUUUGUAUGGACACAUUAGAAUAUAAAGUGACCAAAAUAGAAGACUUUCCAUUAGAUAUUUUUCAGACAUCAGCAGAUUUGUGGCAAGUCAUUUGCCUUUUAAAAAAUCCAGCUUAAGCAGCUCAGACAGAUUAUUCAGAAAAAGUUAUUUGACAUAAUUGUCUAAGAGGUAAAUAUUUUUUAGUGCAUAUUGAAUAAAAUAAAGUGCUCUAAAGAAAUUAUUAUGCAAACUCCUUUGGGUUGUUUUUCUUUUCUUAACAAGUGGUGGGGUAACAUGAAUACCAUUCAGGCCUGAUGGUGUAUUUAAAAAGCACUAAUUUUGUUAUUGCCAUUGACUUCAUUCUCUAGCUUCCUUCUGGCUUUUCUUUCAGUUUUGUUGUUAAAUUAAAAAUAUUCCAAACUGUUUUGUCAUUUCACUCAAAUUUCAAAGAAGAGUUUUCUUAGAAGAGGGAAAAAAUUGUUUAAAAAUUCUUUUAUCUGUGCUCAUGUCCCUGUUUCUUACAGUAUUUGUGAUUUCAUUAUCAGGGGAUGUACAUAAGGGCACAUUUUUGAAAAGUGAUGAGUUAGCAGCAUAGCUCACUUUGUCUAAUAUUUUAUACUUUUUUCUUUCAUGACUCUUAGUAAGUCAUAUAUAGUUUAUACCAAUGGCGGAAGAAACAAAAUUUUAAGUAAAUAUUUAUUUCUCAAUAUUUGGGGCCUUAAAAGAUAAUAUGUUCCCUUAAAGACAUUUCCGUGUUAGAUGGUUUUUUCCCCCUUUGUUUUAUUUUAAGAUUGGUUCUUAAAAAGCCACUUUAUUGUCAGCAUUUAAUAGGCUCCAUUUCUGUUAACAGAAGAUAAUUCAUACUGCUGAGGAAUUACCAUUAAUAGUUAUCAAUAACUCACCAUUAAAUAAAGGUGGUCACUUUAGAUUUAAUUUAAAGCUUUCUUCUUGCACACUGAUCGCUGUUUCUAAGCUGAUCUGUUUAGCUCUAAUAUAACUGUUCAAAAGUAUAAAAACUUAAAUUGAUAUUCAGAAAUCUUAUGUACUUUCCUAUAUGUUUUAAAAAGACAAACAUUGAAUAUCAGUUCCUGUUGGUUGUGACACUCUCGCAUUUGUGUCUUCCUGAAAAGGCAGUGUUUUAGAUUCCGAUGUUGAUGUUUCCUUAAAAGCUUGCGAAGUUCUCACAUUUCAGUUUCUUUCUCCUAUGAGAACACCAAGAACAAAAUGUGCCGUGGGCCUAAAUUUGUAUAUUUUAACACUGAGCUGAGCUGAUUCACUGCAGGAAUUGCUUUGCAAGGUGAAGCAUGUGCGUGUUCCAUGUUUAGAUUGUAGGUCAUGCUCUGUAUAGAAAUAUCAAAUCACAACCACAGAGAAAUGACCAGGCAUUGGAUCCAUUGUUGAAAUUAUCCUUUUUGGAAUCGACAAGGUACUUUCUGACUUCUAUUUCUUAUAUAAAGGAAUUUUAAAUAAGUUUUAAAGUCAGUUAAUUCUCACUUUUUGUUGUAACAGUUUUUAAAACUUUUCGUUAAUACAAAGAAAUAAUGUUUUUAAAUAGAAGCAAAAGAUUUAUAGUGUGCAAAUUGUAGAUUUAUCAAUUACCUCAGCAGGUAUCCUGCCUUGUAAUUAUUAGUGAUUAGUGUUAAUAAGUUAAUAGAUUUAGGUCUUCUGACAAUGCCCUUGGAUUGUGACCUACCAUAUGUUAUUAAACAGUCUCUUAAUAUCCAAAAUGGGAGUAGAUGCUGUGGCUCCCUCUCCCUUUACCUUUUAACUUUUAAGUUCCUUACCUACUUCUGCUCACAUAUAACACAUGAAGUAUGAAAAUCUCACUUCUUGUUAGCAUUGCUUAUUUGUAUAAUCAGCAUUAGAUCAGUGAGUAGCUUUAUAAAAUCUACCCCGUCUCUCCUAAUUGAAACAAUCAGGUUCUUAAAUCAUACCAUCUGUAUUAAUAAUAAUCUGCUGAAGGGGAUCAAUCCAAGAUUUUCAAGGUGUAUUACAGUUUGAUCAUGUAUCGGAUUUAGACGUUUUAUUUCUCUCGUAGUCCUCUCCUCCUUGAUAAAGCAAUAACACUGCUUUAAGCCUGUUGCCUAAGCACGUCAUAAUCCUCCUGGAUGGUGAUUUUAUAGGAAAGUUUGUAUGCAUAUCACCCAGUCUAGCUUUUAAAAAUUAAGAAAAUUAAAUGUAUGCUGGAGCUAAUGACAAUAUAUUGUGGCAUUUUAUUUUCAAAAUUGGGGAAAGUUGCAUAUUUUUUUAAAAGUAGGUGUUUGAGUAAAAAACCUGAAGGUACUUUUUUAAGGAAAAAAUUUAUAUGCCUCAGUUUACAUAGACAUUUCAGAUUUCAACAUGUACUCUGGGAUAUACGGUUUCUUUUACUUGGUCAAAAUGCAUGUAUAGCAUUUCUUCAGUCUUAGUUCCUUGUGUUUGCCUUUGUGGUCUUUUAUAUAUAUUUUUUAUUGUAUCGGAGAAACAAAAUUAUCUUUAAAAAAUCCACUUGGGUAUAUUUGUCAUAAUCAAACUACAGAAUGUACAAAAUUAAGUUCAGCCCUUUUCUAGCAAGUGAUCUCUAAAAUUAAAAAUGCUGUUCUUUUAAAUUCCCAGAUUUGUAUGUGGGAAGGCACAGAAAAGAUUUUCUAAGUGCCACUGCAAUAUUCCCUUUCAAGUGCAGCCUAAAUUUCAAUCUUAAGAACAAAGUGCAUGUCUGCUCCUGGUCUGGAAAGUGUGGGCGUUUACUAUGUUUUAGAUCACAGCAAAAGAUGUACAUAAGCCUAUAAAAAAGAUCUGUGCAGUCUGAAAGCCUGUUAAUGUUCUGUGUAGAAAUACUGACACACACAAGGGUUAAAUUCACAGCCUUACUGCUUCCUUGCUUCCAGGAUUUCAGCUGGUCUCCUCCCCUCAUUUUUAUUAUUACUACUACUACUACUACUACUACCACAACUACUAUUAUUUUUGCACAUAGUUAACUACCCUUCAGUAUGAUUCUUAAAGAAAAAGUGCUGUUUCUGUGGUAUUGUAUUCUCUAAAUAAUCAUAUUUAAUUUUUUAAAACAAGGUUGCAGUUUCUAAUUGUUCCGUUCCUGUGUUUUUUGCUGGUGUGUAAUAAAAGCAAGAUUUUCUUUUCAUGGUUAUUUAAUACAUUAGCUGCCUGUAAAUAUUUCUUGUUAUAAUGCCCUGGAAUGUGUUGUAGAAGUUGUAUUAGAUUAGUUCAAAGCCUUGUUUGAAAGCCACAUUGUUUUGGUUAUUUCUAUUAAAUUAGAAAAUUGAAAAAGUU